CCCUUAAAUUUGAACAUGCGCAGAACGUGUUGUAAACAAUGAGACUCUUCCAGACCGUCUCCAGCUUUGUGUCUGUCCAACAGUUUAUCUGUGCAAAACUAAACGGUUUCCCAUAGCUCUCCGUACAUUCAAUAAAAAAUGUUCCUUGGGAGCUGAAGCAUGGAGGCGGCUCUGAGCAGGUUGAGGGGGCUAAGUGCCGAUGAACUGUCCGAGGAGUUUGCCCGGGCAAACGUCAAGUGUGGACCCAUUACACCCACCACCCGUGCCACCUAUGAGAGGAAAUUAGCCCGUAUCCUGGCUGGACCAGAGAGCAAUACCACUGAAACAGACAGCAGCUCUUCAGCUGGUGCCUUGAACAUUGUGGCGGAUCAUGCCAAAUCUCUGUUGUGUGCCACCUCGGCUGUUGUGCCCACAACCUCUGGAGCAAGCAGCAGCUCCUCAAAGGCUGCCAAUGAAGAAUUGGACUUUGGCUACGGUGUGGGUCUCAACCCUCCGGAGGAAGAAGAAAUAUCAGAAAAUACAAACUCAAACAGCUCUGCUGAGGGCAGUAACUUGCAGUCCAAAGUGGAAACUCCUUCAAAGCCAGCACAAGUGUCCCCAACCCUUUAUUAUGGAGUGUGUCCACUUUGGGAGGAUGUCUUGGCAAGAAAUGAGGGAGCACAUGUAUACACCGAUAAGAAAGAUGCCCUUCAAGCUGUAAAGACGAUGAAAGGAGCCCGUUUUAAAGCCUUUUCCAACCGUGAGGAUGCUGAGAAGUUUGCUAAGGGGAUCUGCGAUUACUUUCCCUCUCCCAACAAAUCAAUCUGUGUAUCUCCUGUCAAACCAGGCCUGCCCAUUAGUAAAGACAACGUGGAGGUCGAUACCAUCAACCGGGAGCGUGCCAACAGUUUUAAGAGCCCACGCUCCCAGGACCUGACGGCCAAACUAAGGAAAGCUGUGGAGAAGGGCGAUGAGAUGGCCUUCAGCGAACUGGUCUGGGGCAAUCCACGCUAUCUCAUUGGCUCAGGGGAUAAUCCCACUAUUGUCCAGGAGGGCUGCCGGUACAAUGUAAUGCACGUGGCAGCCAAGGAAAACCAGGCAGGGAUUGCUCAGCUGCUAUUGGACACCUUGGAAAACCCAGAGUUUAUGCGCCUCAUGUACCCAGAUGACCAGGAAGUCAUGCUGCAGAAACGAAUCCGCUACAUUGUAGACCUUUACCUCAACACUCCAGAUAAAGCUGGCUUUGAAACACCGCUCCACUUUGCCUGUAAGUUUGGGUGUCCAGAUGUGGUCAACGUCCUGUGCUCGCAUCCUGACAUUGAUAAGAACCGUGAGAAUAAGGAUGGCCAGAAGCCUAGGGAUCUUAUAUGCAGCAGAAAGAAUAAAAGUCCAGAAGUGAAACAGAAGAUAAGUGACUACUUGGAGGACCGUUGCUAUAUCCCUUUGCUGAGAGCAACUGACAACACCUCCCAGCCCAUCAUUGGUGCUCCAUGGUCACCUGAGUCCUCAGAAAGUCUCUCGCUAAUCCAGCGACACACAAGAAGCCCCAAGGAUCCCAUGAUGGCUGUCACUGCCUUUGCUGGCCCCCUAAGCCCCUCUAAAGCAGAUGAUUUUCGCCGGUUCUGGAAGACGCCACCCAGAGACCGGGCAGAACUUUACCACCACAUACUUAAGUCUGAUCCUGACAGAGGGGCAGAGAGAGUUGGCAGAGACCUAGCUCAUGAGAUGGGACACCCCUGGGCUGAAUAUUGGGACUUCCUGGAUAGUUUUGUGGAUCUGUCAUCUGGUGAGGGGCUCCGCAAGCUGGAAGAUUACCUGAGCAAGAAGGAUUUCAGUUCACGGACUCAUGAGGGGGCCGGCGAGAAUGAAACCAGCAACAGGUUUAAAACCCCCUCUCCAGGCAAGCCCAAAAAGUUCUGCAACUCUAUUUCUGUUGGUGCCUUCCUGGACGAGGGUGAUGAUAUCAGCCUUGAGGAGAUGAAGAACCGGCAGAACGCAGCACUCACCAGCAUCACCUCCUGUGCUGCAUCCAAGGACGUCCUGAAAGGAGCUGUGGGUGGCCGCGAGUUCCACAUCGCACUACAUCACCACGGGGCCGACCUGAUCGAGACGGCUGCCGAGCAGGACCUGCUGUGCUGCUGCAACGACGGCCUCCUGUCGCCUGGUGUAGUCUGUAAAAACGGGGUGUGCUCCUCCUCCAGAGAUAGGACUCACAAUGGAGACAAGGUGUCCCCACGCACCUCCCCAUCCUCUUCCUGCAUGCUGUCGCCUAUUUCCAAUCUCAUGGUGGAGUUUGAGCGCAUGUCUCUGCAGGAGCCACCAGACAGUCCCACCAGCUGCAGAGAGAGAAGGAGCAGUGGUGGGAACCGUCAUAGGGAGGCUCGGGACUACAACUCCUCCUCAGCCACAGACCUGAGCUCUGGGCUGAACCUCCUGUCUCUCAGUCACAGCGGUCAAGAUGGUGAGACUGUGGAUGGGCCAGGCUGGAGAACAGAGGGAGUAGGUAAAGAAGAGAGGCACAGCAGUGGCAGCUCAGAGGAGUACUUUGAAGCAGAGGAGAGUCUGGAGAUGCUGGGUAGGACUAGGGGGUCAGUGUCAGGGUUGCGCAAUUUCUGCGCUAGGUCCAAGUCGUGGGACCAUGGGGGCAGGGACUUAAGCAGCUCAGGAUCCUCUGGGUCCUCUUAUAAGUCCUUAGAGAACUCCCAUGAGUUUUUACCCAGGACCCCACCACAUGUCAGAAGAGGACUUUUUAUUGAUGGUGAUUCUCCAACUAAACUGGACAGAGCGGUCCUGUCAGCAAUAGAGAGCACAGACAUCGAUCCUCAGAAGUAUCCGAGUAUUCAUAAGUGGAAGAGCACAGUGAAGUCAUACUCUGCCUCAGAUAUGCAGAGCUGGCCUAGCCCUGCAGUGGUAAAACCACGACUCAGGAUGCAGCAUCAGACUCCCGGCUCUCCUAUCAGCUGCCUGAUGUCUCCCACCGGCCGCUUCAGCCCUGCUCGGCACGCUGCCUCGCCGGACUUCAGCCCCAGCCGGUACAGCCCUGCCAACGUUAGCUACAUUCAGCGCCUCAAGCACUUGAACGAGCCGUCAGUUUAACUGCACCCACCUCCUGCGCUACAAUGCAGCCAUACCCCCUCCAAGCCCUGCCUUCCCUCACACACCCAAAUCCAGCUGUACAGAGCUGGCUACACCAGAGCUCAGAAACCACAAACCUAACAGAAAUAUGCACAAAAUGUCUGGAAGAUUUGUAUUAAUAAUGUAUGGUACGACUCCUAUGUAACACAGGAAUUCUCAUCACAGUUAGGUUGUGAUGUCAACUCCAGACUUUAAAAGGUAAAAAAACAAAAACAAACCUUGAUCAUUUAUGUACUGUAUGGGUGUGGACCAUGUUGAAUUGAUGGUAACGUUAUUUGUGGCAAGUGUGAAGCACCUGUAUCAUAGCCUGACUCAACUUUUAUGAAUAUUGUGAACACAAGCCACACCCCCCAAAGUUAGUUGAUCACUAAAACUUUAGUGAGGGAUCCUAAAAAGGAUUGUCACUGAAGAUGUUCUUAAAAAAAAAUUAAAAUGUCAAUAUUUUAAAAAUUAUUUUUUGUAUGUUGGUCAGUAGCACAAAAUUUAAAUGUUUUUAUUAAUGGUGUUAAAACCGACUGCCAUUUCCUAUGUUUUUUUCCUCAGUUCAGGAAUUGCCUUAAUUUUCUGAAGUGAUGGACCAGCUCUCUGUCAGUUUGGACACAUUUCCUCUAGCUCAUACAUGAAAUGUAUGGAGAAUAAAGAAACUGAGAUCUUCCAUGUUUUUAUUUUGUCCUUCAAUAAAUUCAUACAUUUUCCAUCUUUUCUCGGUAGUUCCUGGACAUAUCUGGACUUUUUCUUUCUGUCGCUGUUGGCGACCUUAGAGACUGUGCAAUUUUUUUCUUUCUUUCUUUCUGGAGUAUCUUUUAUGGACAAACAUCUCCUACAAUGUAUGAAUGACAAAACACACCCAUCAGUAUAGUAUUAUUUCAGAUUUGGCUAGUGCCUAGUGUUGAGAUCACUUUAAAGCUGUGUGAAGUGAUUUUUAACCACUAGGGGGCGAGAAAGACUCAAAGUAAGUUGAUAGCAAAUAAACCAGAUUUAAAGGGUUUCUAUGGCCUGUUACAACUGUCUUGUUAAUGAAACUGCCUUAUGAUACAGAGAAUACAGAUUAGUUGAAAGCUGCUUAAAGUUUGAAGUUGAUUACCAGAACAUGCUACCCUCAUGAUAGAAUUUGAUUUUAACAAAGUGCUAAGUAGAGCUUUGAGGCCCAAAAUUUCAGUAAUCCCUCAGGUGGUAAAACUGACUUCAAGUAAACUUGUGUAAAUAAUGGCAAGUUCUUGCAGUCCUCUAAAAACCUGCUGUAUCCAGUCUGUAUUGUAGGGAUAACAUCACUGCUGGGUGAGGGCUUAUCAGCUGUGUCUAGGACUAAAAAGCCAAUUAUCCUGAAUAUUCAGAUGGCCACUCGCAUUUAAAGAAUGUAUUUUUUUUUUUUUUUGUGAACUAUACCUUUAUCCGAGAGCACAAACUACUUCAGUGCGAAGAUUGUGUCGUCAUCCUCGUGUUCUCAGAUGACAACAGAUCUAAUUCUGGUUUCUGAAUGUGGAA